UGCCAUUUUAAAAUAUUUCAAUGUGAUGCGUGUAUUAAAAUUCAUGGUGUUAAAUGUAAAAGAGGUUAUUAUCAAACAUAAUUUGUGCUUUUCAAUCUCCAAAGUUCCAAAGGCAGGAGACUGCCCUUAUUAGUCAGAAUAUACCACUUUCUGUUCGAUUUUAAUAGCAAUUUAUAUAAAAUUUCGAAGACGUGGUUGUGCUUUUGGAAUUACAUGUAACGAGAGUAAGAAAAAAGAUUCAAAUUGGAAUUAACUUUCAAUUUAAUUUGAAGUAUACACAAUGAUGGAAUAAUAACGACUGCUGCACAACACUAGCUAUAGUGCUCCAUGAAGUUGGAAAGAUGUCAUUUUUCUAGACUAUGUAAACAGACCGCCGGCAAGUGAGAACCGGCGUAAAACCCAACCCAAUGGUUAUCAGAUGGAAAUAUUUCAGCUGAUACCAAUCCGAAGAUGUGCAGAUGAUUUUUUGAAAGAAAAAACCCAGUCUGUUCCUCUCCUGAACGGAGAACUUCGACAACCAAAUGAAUUCUGCACCAAGAACCGACUGGAGGAAGAAAGUAACUAUCUGGAAAACAUCAGUAAGUUACAAGAUGAAGACAAGCAUGGAUGUAGCAGGUCAGAUGAGAGUAGUGCUACCACCACUGGAGUUUACUUUGGUAUAUUUUUUUAUGUUAUUAGCAUAGCCUUUGCUUCGGUGGUGAUGUCAAAACUAGGAAUUACUGUGGUAUUUUGUUAUGAUGCUAUUAGUAAAGUCUCUAGAACAGUACAGAGGAGCAUGGUGAUAUUAUCACUGGGGAUUACUGUAUUAUAUAAGUAGAUAUAGCGAAGGAGUAUAAAUUAAGAUGAUAUUAAAUCGAGCAUGCACAUAGAUAUGAUAAGGAAAUAUAGGUAUUGGUGAAUUUCAGAGUGGAUGCAAUUUUCAAGACAAAUUGAAAUUUUUCAUAUAUCGAGGGAAUGUUAUUAUUUGUGUGUUCAUUUCAUUCUAAUUAAUAUUUACUCAAACAGAAUUUGAUUUUCAUUACUAUAUUGAAUAUGAUUUUAUAAAAGGACGAGAUAUAAUUAGUGGUGAGUAUGGUAUGCAAUAGGAUUUAUUUCUUAAUAAUUUGGAAAAAAACUAAGACAUUUAUUUGUUUGUUUGUUUUGGGUUUAAUGCCGUUUUUCAACAGUAUUUCAGUCAUGUAACGGCGGGAGAACUAAGACAUAGUGAAGGAAUUUAUUAAUUUGUGAGAUUCAAAUCGGGUUUAAUUUGCACUAUUUAAAUAUAUGUAUAUAUAGAAUGGUAUAUAAUUUGUGAUAAGCACGUUGCAUUCAAAUUAUAUUACUAAUAUUCAAAUCGGAUUAAAAUUCAAUACAAUUUGGAACAUACAUAGAUACAGUACAGAAAUAUUAUUGGUGAGUACGUUUUAUCCAAAUUAUUUAACAUUAUAUACCAUUUAUGUAUCACUAUCAAUACAUUGCAUAGACUUUAAUGUAAAAUGGCAAAGCGAAAGGCGUCUUUACCCUUUUAAUAAAAGGCCCUUGGAAAUACUGCACAGUUUUUGAACAUGUGCUUUUUUGCAGUGUAAAAUUUUAUAUGCAUGAUAAUCUAGAACACGAUAUGUAUAUCAUUAAGUAGAUAGGAACAAGGGAUGUAUAAACAUAGUCACGUCUGCAUAUAAAAAUCUACUUUAAAGACACUUUUACUUAAAGAGUUAUUACUCUGCAAAAUAUUUACACAAAUAAAACCAAAUGUGAAAUUGCUUAGAAAUAUACAUUGAGGAAAAAACGUUGAACUUAUUUAUCGCUCGUAUAUGAUAACUGUUCAGUUGGUGAUAACUGAAAUUGUAAACAGAUAUCAAACGGGAAAUAGGGUAACUUGGAUAUAAAAAUAAAUACAUAUAAUUACACAAAACAUGUAUGUCUUGCAAUGUUAGUAUAUAACUCUUGAUAAAACCUUAAUUUUAUUAUAAAUCGAUUAUUACCCAAUAUAAAAGUUAAUUAUGUCAUACCCAGUACAAAAAUUGUUUCCGUACAUUAAAUUAAAACUUUUGUUAUAAGUAAGAACAUAAGUAAUAAGUUACGAAACGAUCUUUCGUAAAGUUUAGUAGCGCGGAUGAUAGAAUUCCUUUCCACCACCGUCCACGAACAGGCUCAGUCAAAGCGAGCCUGCAACAUUUUUAUGUUCGUCACUUUUGGUAACAUGUAAAGCUUCCCCUUUUCUAUUUCAGUAUUUUAGCAAUACAAUCUUUCCUAAUUAUUAAACAAAAAUUGCAACGUGUUACAGUAUUUGUAACAUAAUUCAUCUAUAAAUGCAUCCUAUUUUUCCAAAUGACUAAAAUCAUUUAAAAAAUAGGUAUUCUAAUAAAUGUCAAUUUUACAUAAUUAGUACUAUCAAUCUAUAGCAGUUAACCUGAUACUGUCAAUAGUACAUAUACUAUAAUCAUAAUAAUAAAUCAAUAAAUAAAACCUGAACUCUAAAAAAUGAAAAUUGGGUACUGACUGCAUAGUUAAAUAAUAUUCACACAUUUUCGUUGAAGCGAAAUAAAAACACAGGAAUAUUACUUUUUAUAUCAUUACAUUUAUUGUUUAAAACAGCGAGCAGACCAUUAUACGAAUCCUUCACGAAAUUCAAAAUGGUUCCAUAUCCUUAUCUUGUCACAUUUUGCUGUUUUUGCUAGGCGAGAUGCAGACACAGAAAUUGUCAAAUUUAUCUUAAUAUUUUGUUUUAUUUUACUGCAUGGCAUUUAAAACCAUAUGCUUUGAAAAGUUAUGCCCGUACUACAUGUUUAAAAACUCGAUACUUGAUAACAUUAAUAUGCCGCCAUGUAAAAUUAUUCAAGAAAUUAUAUAUAAGGAACAGAAAAAACAGAGAAUAAUAGUUGCACGUGUUCAGCUCACAUGGAAGUUACAUAUAUCUUAAAUGUAACUGACAUUGUUGCUUGUGAAUAUCAUUGUCCUGUUCCAUAUAACGCGGGCUGCAAAAUUGAUCAAAACUCCUUGUAAUUAUAUUACGGAGCUUAAAAAAAACAGUACCUCAAGUAACAUUGUUCUCUCUUUCACUGUUAAUUUUCAAAUUAAAUGAAAACGUCCGUUUUCGUCUAGAUGGCAUCAGAAAAAGUUUACUAACAUUUGUUACUUAUUUACGGCAUCAGAAACAGUUUACUAAUGUUACUUAUUUAUGGUAAGCAUUUUUGAAUAUAAUAUUUUCUUUUUGCAAAUUUUGAUAUAUUAAAUUAACGUUAAAAGAAACAAUCGAAGCAAACAGUAUCGCUAAAAGUUUACAUUUUUUUGUGCAGCAUGUUUGACAUUUGUACUUAAACCCCGGCUGAAAGAGAAUACAUGUUUGCAUCUUACAGCGAAAGGAACAACCACUCUUAAAUAUUGCCAAUACGUUUAGGGACAAAAAGAAUUGUAUAAAAGAAACAAUAUAAAUCAUGCCAACGAAUCACUUACUUGCAUUUAUGAAUCGUUAGAUGCUUUAAUCGAAACACGUACUGUAGAAUAUUUUAUCUAACAUACCUUGUCUUCUGGACCGUAACGUUAGUGUGUUAAGGAAUCAUUACAUUGGGAUUACAAUUGGAGUUUGAUGCAUCACUAAAGGUUCCUCGGGCCGUACUUCAUUGCACUUCUUCAUGUAAUUAUGUAUUUCUUUUUUCAGGUUGUGAAAUUAUUUGUAAUAGAACGGAACCUUUGGAAGUUAUAAAGCAACUGAUGUGUUUCUCAAAUGGCUAAAAGUGUACACCAAUCCUUUCACCCGGCAAUUAUUUGCUAAGGGUCAGAAUUGAAAAUAUCGCUAGGAAGUGGUUGGGGUUAUGAUAUAUUACAUGAUUAGACUAUACCCUCAAACAGGAAUAAAUUUUCAAUACAGUUAGGAAUAUACAUAUAGAGACGGAGUGUAAUCAUUUGUUACAAGUUUUGAUUAUAAUAAUAUGUUUCAAAUUUGAUUUAACUUUUCAACGAAGUUUGAAAUAUACAUAGAUCUAGUGAAGGAAUAUCGGUAUUUGUGAGUAGGUUUUAUAAUAAUAUUUUCUGUGAUAUCAAAUUGGAUUUAAUUUUCAACACAAUUUGGAAUAUACAACUAUAAAGUAAAGGAAUAUAGUUAAUGGUGAUUUGGUUUUUUGUGAUCAUUUAAAUUCAAAGCGGUUUGAAUUUUCAAUAAAAUUGGAAUAUAAACAUACACAGCAAAGAAAUAUAAUUAUUUGUGAUAUUGUAAUUCGAUUUAAUUGUCAGUACAAUUCAGAAUAUUAUAUUUUUACUGACGAUGUCAAUAUUUAGUACAAGUUGGAUUGUGAAUAGCUAUAAGAAAGGAAUAUAAGUAUCGGUGAGUAAGUUUUAUUCUGAUUAUUGAUUUAAUAUAUAUAAUAAUGUAUAAUUCUCAAAACUUUAGGAAUAAAAAUUGAUAAUAUCAAGGAAUACAUUUAUCAAUGACCCUUAGUGCUGAUCAUUAUAUAAAUUAUAUCACAAA